AUGAUUCUAGGUAUUGGCAUUGCAAAUCCACCAAACUGCUUCUAUCAAACAGACUAUCCAGAUUAUUAUUUCCAAGUCACCAAAAGCCACCACAUGUCGGACUUAAAAGCUAAGUUCAAGACCCUGUGUAAGUUCAAUGAUCUUCAUCAAUCAUUAAGAAGAAGGAUGAUGCAUGUGACUGAGGAAAUCUUAAAGCCAAAUCCAAACAUAGCUGCCCAGAUGACACCAUCUCUUAACACACGCCUAGAUAUAAAAAUUACAAAAAUACCCAAACUCGGUGCAAAAGCUGCAUUAAAGGCCAUCAAAGAUUGGGGGCAACACAAAUCAAGCAUUACACACCUUGUAUUUCACUCAACUUUGGGCACAAUAAUGCCAGGUUUGGACUAUCAACUCAUCAAUUUCCUUGGGCUUGACUCCUCUGUGAAGAGGUUCAUGUUGUACCACUUGGGUUUCUAUGGCGGUGGAAUUGUCCUUCGACUAGCUAAUGAUCUAGCUGAGAACAACAAUGGUGCUCGAGUUCUAGUAGUUUGCUUUGAAGUCAUGGUCAAUGCUUUUCGCGGUCCUUCGCAUGCCCAUUUGGAUAUUCUUGUGGGCUAUGCAAUCUUUGGCGAUGGUGCUGCUGCUGCCAUAGUUGGUGCGAAUCCCAAUAUCUUGAUCGAAUGUUCAUUUUUCAAGAUUAUUUCUGUGAAUCAAACAAUUUUACCAGAGUCAGAUGAUGCGAUGGGAGGGCGGUUACGUGAAGUUGGCCUGAUUUAUUACUUGUCGAAGAAGUUAUCUAGUAAAGUCGCGAAUAAUAUUGAGAAGUGUUUGGUUGACGCUUUUAGUCCUCUUGAGAUUAGCGAUUGGAACUCGUUGUUUUGGGUGGUUCAUCCUGGUGGUCGAAAAAUUCUAGACGAAAUUGAGGCGAUACUUGAGCUGAAUGAGGAGAAACUGAAAAUGAGCAAAAAGGUGUUGAGUAAGUAUGGAAACAUGUGGAGUUCAAGUAUGAUAUUUGUUUUGGAUGAGAUGAGAAAAAGCUUAGUUGGUAAAGGAAGCACCACCACUGGUGAAGGAUUUGAGUAUGGUGUUCUUCUUGGAUUUGGACCAGGUGUAACUGUGGAGACUAUUGUGUUGUAUAGUGUCCCUAUAACUUCAUUCAUUAAUCAAUCUUUCAGACAACAAUCUUCUAUUUUUAUAAUCAAAACUACUAUUCUUACUUCACUUUACUCCAAAUACACUUUCUUCUUUAUCCUUAUUAUACACAGAAAUUAUGUGAGACAAUGA